AGUGGACUAGGAAACUCUUUGAUCUAAACAAAACCCCUGUGUAUUACUGGGUAGGUUACAAUAUUGGCAACACUCACAACUGAUUUAUACUACAAUAUUUACACUGAUGACCCAUCCCUGGGGGUGUUCAAGGCCAGGUUGGAUGAGGCUUUGAGCUAUCUAACCUAAGAGAAGGUGUCCCUGACCCAUGGCAGGGGGGUCAGAACUGGAUGAUCUUUAAGGUCCCUUCCAAGCCAAAUUAUUCCUUAAUUCUGUGAUUCUAUGGUUAAAUGAAAACUCCAAUAUCACACAUUAUUAUUAUUCAAACCAGUUUAUUUUUAGCCAAGAUAGCCACAAUAGCAGCAUCCUUGACUAUCUGGAUCUCCACUGUCACCUAAGGUAAUCACGGCUGCUGCAAUCAAACGGCCUCACAUUUUCUCGGACUCUUACACAAACAGUAAAUACAGAUGCUUAGUAAAGACCAGGCUAAGAACACUGCUUCUAUAGCAGGCCCAGUCUGCUGUGUGUCAGACACAAAAUCAAGCCCCAGACAACACCGGAAUGCACUGAGCACAUCAGAAUGAUGUGUUCUGUGCAGCCCCUGGCAGUCAAGCAUCCCUCGCAAAGCACUCUGCCACAGGGUCACGGCCCAGCCACUGACACAGGAAGUAGUUACUACUACAAAAAAUGAAAUAUUUCUUAUUUAAGCUGAAGUAGAAUUAAGUUUCACCUAAGUAAAAGUGUUCUUUAGAAGUUAGACCGAAUGUUCCUCUGAUGGCCAAAAGGCGAACUGUGUCUUGUGGUGCAUCAAAACAAGCGUGGCCAGCAGGGCGAGAGAGGUGAUUCUGCCCCUCUAUUCCUCUCUUGUGAGACCCUAGCUGGAGUCCUGUGUCCAGUUCUGGAAUCCUCAACAUAAGGAGGAUAUGGAACUGUUGGAACAGGUCUAGAAGAGGGCUACAAAGAUGAUCAGAGGGCUGGAGCACCUCCCAUACGAGGGCAGGCUGAGAGAGUUGGGGUUAUUCAACCUUCCAGUAUCUGAACAGGCUACAAGGAAGCUGAGAAGGAAGCGUUUACAAAGACUUGUAGCAGUAGGACCAGGCACAAUAGGUAUUAACUGGAGAGAGGCAGAUUUAGGCUAGUCAUAAACAGGAAUGGCAGUUCCUGGAGAGCAAUUUCUUCAUGAUGGGAGUGGUGAGGCACCGGCACAGGUUGCCCAAGGAGGCUGUGGCUGCCUCAUCCCUGGAGGUGUUCAAGGCCAGGUUGGAUGGGGCCUUGUGCAGCCUGAUCUAAUGGGAUUUGUCCCUGCCCAUGGCAUGGGUGUUAGAACUAGAUGAUCUUUAAGGGCCCUUCCAAGCCAAACAAUUCUAUAAUUCUAUGACAGCAUGUUUUCUUUUUCUUCAGACACUGACCAUCCUCUGAAGCUGGUAACGCCUUGUGUGCAGUGUGAUCUGUAAUGAACAGAUGCUCUGCAAUCACCUGUUUGCAGUCUCUCUCCACCUCAAAGGCAAGAUCAGGCAGAGCUGGAGUCAGCUCUAAAUUUGACUGUUCCAAAGUUCAUAAUCGUAUUAAAAUUAAUCCUUGAAAAUAUUAGAAUAUGCACAAGACUUCUGGGAAAAUUCCUCCACAGGCAUGUAAGUGAGAAACAUAUUGUGCCCCAGCUUGUCUGGCUGCACACGAUGGAUGGCGACCGCCCGCAGCUGCCCAGGCCGGAUGAAGGAUGCCGCUUUCUACACCUCCAAGACGAGCCUUGUAGACGUUUAUUCGCGGCACUUUCGAUGCCCCCCGCGCUGCCCCGAGCGGCGCCGCCACCUCCCCACGUGACCGCGCGGCUCGCGCUGCCGGCCCGCCCCACGGCCUCCCUCCCGUGCAGCUGAAAGGAGGAAAGGAUUAUGGCACAGGCUCACAGUUUGGGGAAGAAAUACAUUAAAGCCUUUUUUAAAGGUUUCUUUGUUGCUGUCCCAGUAACAGUGACUUUCCUGGAUAGAGUUGCCUGCAUAGCCAGAGUGGAAGGAGCAUCAAUGCAGCCUUCUUUGAAUCCUGGAGGAAGGCAAGCAUCUGAUGUAGUGCUUUUAAACCACUGGAGUAUUCGAAAUUAUGAUGUACAACGUGGGGACAUUGUGUCAUUGGUGUCUCCUAGAAACCCGGAACAGAAGAUCAUUAAACGAGUGAUUGCUCUUGAAGGAGACAUUAUCAAAACCAUUGGAUACAAAAAGAAGUAUGUGAAAAUUCCACAUGGGCAUAUUUGGGUGGAAGGUGAUCACCAUGGACAUAGCUUUGACAGCAAUGCUUUUGGCCCGGUUUCUCUUGGACUUCUACAUGCUCGAGCUACUCAUAUCCUCUGGCCUCCACAACGCUGGCAGAAGUUACAGCCGGUGCUGCCUCCGGAGCGCAAACCACUCCAGAGUGAACAAGAGUGAUCUGAACGUUCAGACAGAAAAAUUCUGAAAUUUAACCAGAAAGAGUUGCAGUGUUUAUACCAUCAUCUGCAAGAGCUUUGCCAAAUGUGUUUAAACAUUAGGUAUCGUAUCAGCAAAUACACGUGACACCUUCCUGUUGAAAUGCCCCCUUACGCAUAUUUUUUUUCUGGGUUUGUAUUUGUUUUGUUGUUUGAUGUUCUUAAAAAAAAAUCUCAAAGUGUAGUGCUUCUUGCAUUGUUUUGGUUUUAAAUAAUUCGUUGUAGAAGGCUUGAUUGUUCAAUUUUUAGGGGAACAGUAAAAUGCUUGACUUGUUAUGACUGUACCUGUUCUUCUCUGGAUAAGAAAUUCAAUAAAAUAUUUUAAUCUUUUAUAUUCAGCUUGUUUCUUGAGCAACUGAAUGGAACUUUUAUCAUUAUCUUUGAUUGCAUAUGAAAAAAUAUAAGCAUGUAAUAUGCUUUGGAUUGUCCUGUAAUUUCUAAUACCAAAGAAUCGACACUUCUGUAGCUGAAAAGUUAAUUGUAUUUGUCAUAUUUGUUUUAAAAAAAGCUAAUGAGUGUUUUUUUCCCUUUUAAUGCAACUUUUAUUUAUUAUUAAACUUAGUACUGAAAUUAUUUUUAAUUUCUUUUUCAGGAGUGUUUUAUAUAAACAUUCCUUAUAUAUUUUCAUGAAGUAGAUUUUCAGUUAAAAUAUGCAAAUUAUAUUGACCUACCUAAAAGCAGUGUUUCAUUCAUUUUUCAAGUACAGUAAAUAACUGCUAGUAUCGAUUGCCACAUUUCUAAUGUAAUGUAAGAUUAUAAAUCUAUACAAUUAAUACUAUAAACCUAUAAUUCGUGUUAUAAAUACACUCUGUGAAUAUGUAGUAAAGCUUCUGCAUAAAUUAUAAGUGAAAAGAACUUGAAAAAUGGCACAUUUUCAGAUGCAGAUUAAUAUAAAUCAGUUUAUUUUUGUAUUUAUUGGAUUUUACUUCAGACAGGAUAGUACUUUAAAAAUCUGACAAGUCACACGUAAGAUCUUUAAACAUUUCAGCUAAAAUCAUGCAAUUGUCAGAACUUCAGAUGAGACAAAAAUAAGUCCAUAGCUAUUUGAAGGCACACAUCUGCGUAUUGGUUAGAUUGCAGGUUCAAUCACUGUGAAAACUCUCCAUUACUGUCUAAACCUCUUCUUAAAUGCUCCAGUUCUGUAGCCCUGAACACUUUACUUUCUGCAUAUGCCAUAAUC